GGACCCUGGAGCUCCAUGCCGUAGACAGACAGCCAGCCAGCCAGGACUCAGCACGCGGGAAUAUCAAGCCACCUUCGCCCCCCUUUCCCCGCAGUCUCAGCCUGCUCAAAGAGGACCCCCCCACCGCACCGUACCGCACCGCACCGCACCCCACACCUGCUCUCUGAGCCCCUGGCAGCGACGCUCACCAUGGACCGGCUGAUCGACUUGGCGCCUGACGACGGCUCCUUCAUGUUCACCUCCGAGUCUGUGGGCGAGGGCCACCCCGACAAAAUCUGUGACCAGAUCAGCGAUGCAGUUCUAGAUGCUCACCUGAAAGAGGACCCUGAUGCCAAGGUGGCCUGUGAGACGGUGUGUAAGACCGGCAUGGUGCUGCUUUGCGGAGAGAUCACGUCCAGAGCCAACGUGGACUACCAGCGAGUGGUCAGAGACGCCAUCAAGCACAUCGGCUACGACAACUCUGACAAAGGCUUCGACUACAAGACCUGCAAUGUGCUGGUGGCUCUAGAGCAGCAGUCUCCCGACAUCGCCCAGGGCGUCCACAUUGACCGGCACGAGGAGGACGUCGGAGCUGGGGACCAGGGUCUGAUGUUCGGCUACGCCACAGAUGAAACGGAGGAGUGCAUGCCACUCACCAUCGUCCUGGCUCACAAACUCAACGCAAAGAUGGCCGAACUCCGCCGAGACGGGACCAUCCCGUGGCUCCGCCCAGACUCCAAGACACAGGUGACGGUGCACUACUCCCAGGAGGGGGGUGCGGUGAUCCCCCUCAGGGUGCACACGGUGGUGAUCUCGGUGCAGCACGACGACAACGUCACCCUGGAGGAGCAGAAGCGCAUCCUCAAGGAGAAGGUCAUCAAGUCCGUGGUUCCCGCCAAGUACCUGGACGAGCGGACCAUCUACCACCUGCAGCCCAGCGGCCGCUUUGUCAUCGGCGGGCCCCAGGGGGAUGCUGGUGUGACCGGGCGAAAGAUCAUUGUGGACACGUACGGGGGAUGGGGUGCCCACGGGGGAGGGGCCUUUUCCGGAAAAGACUACACCAAGGUGGACCGUUCGGCUGCCUACGCUGCACGCUGGGUGGCCAAGUCACUGGUCAAAGCCAAGCUCUGCAGGAGAGUCCUGGUGCAGGUAUCCUAUGCGAUCGGUGUGGCCCAUCCACUGUCUGUCUCUCUCUUCACCUACGGCUCAUCCCAAAAGUCAGAGAAGGAGCUGCUGCAUAUUGUCAAUGACAACUUUGACCUCCGACCAGGGGUCAUUGUGAGGGAUUUGAACCUGAAGAGGCCGAUCUACCAGAAGACUGCGUGCUACGGUCACUUCGGCAGGGCCGGGUUCCCUUGGGAGGAGGCCAAGGAACUGACGUACUGAGGGCGCCAACGUACGAGGAAGUCCUCCCCCUCUCCCCCCCGUCCUCACCCUUUAAUGUACUGGUUCAAACAUCAACCCCCAGUAUCAGCCCACUUUCUGUAAAACCUUUUUUUUUGUUGUUUUUUUUGUUUUUUGUUUUGAGUUUUCGCUGUGAAUUUACACACAGCGCACAGAUUACCAGAUUUCCUGAUGCCUCGUGACAUCACGGGCCGCAUCAGUGUUCGGGAGAUGCGUUAGUCACACUGAUGUAAAAUGUACAAUAUAAAUGAUGUAAAUUGUUGCCAGUCACAUCCGCACAGCAGCACCAUCACCCUUUAAACAGGCAUAUCACAGAGCCUUUUCAGCGGUCAAUACAUUCCAGUUCUGCCCCUUACCCUCGGACGUCAGGAUGCACUUCUAACCCCCGGAAAACAAGCCAUUCAGGGAUGGGACUCUGGGUCCACACACCACUCUCAACAUUUCACCUUGGCAUUGCUAAAAAACAAAGUCAUAUGGUGACCGCCUUCCCCUGUCCCCCUUUUGUAGGUCACGGGUGAACACGUCUGCUGUCUCAUACUCAUUUGUUGUUAACUUGGCAGCGGUUUGAUAAAGGUAUGAUAAUAACCUUUAUCAACGGUAAGACGGGUUUAAUUUUUGGCUGUGACCUCUUCUGGUUCCUGUGUUUGUCAUUAAGUUUGGGGGUCAUUUUUUAAUUUGAUGACGUGCCAACAGUUCUACGCUGUUGCUAAAGUGAUUUAAAAACACCACACCUUUGGGCAAAACAGGCAGAUCACAGUGAAACAGUUACAUAAGACUGAAAGUCUGCGCCCUAUCGACCCUCUGCAGAAAUUCACCCUGUAACCACCAAACUGCAUCUUUUGACAGAACAUUUAUUUUAAAUGUUUACACGUGAUCUGUGAAUAUCCGACUUAACAUUUUCAUCAGUAACAAUUGCAAAAGCAAGUGUGUGUGUGUGUGUGUGUGUAACUUCUUAAAGACAUUUCAGGGAUUUGAGAUGUAAUGGGAUUUCUUUUAAAUCCUAUUUGUGCUGAGGAUUUGCAGGUGUGAUGGUGUGGCUUUUUAACUGGAUUUAUCAUUCGCAUAGGUAUAAAGGUACAGGUAUUUUGCGGAAACUGUAUGUGGGAAUAUAUAAAUGCAUUUCUGCUGUACUACUAGGAGGGGCACUACAGAUGUAUACAGAUAUUUUUUGUGCUUUGGGAUUUGGGUGCAAUUUGGCCCUUAAGUAAUGAGGGGUCAAAUCAAUGUGUUCAAUCUUAAUUUACAGUGUGUCUUGACAACGAGACUAAUGUACCCAAUGCAAUAUACUGUAACUAUAUUUUCAUAAUUUUUUUUUUUUUUCAAAUUAUGCUUUCCAAAAACUGUUUAUUGGACAGCCUGAAAUCAUUUUCUCAACUGAAACAUUUUACGUGCGCAAAUACCAUUGUGCAUAUGGUACCUGUUUAACUUUCAUAUUUGUAAAAUCUGACUUUUUCUAUCAUUAUAUCCUAUCAUAACUUGGUUUGUUGGCAUGGAAACUGCUGCAUAUGGCUAUCAUGCACACACGUGUCCCCAUGAAUCACUGUUGCAUACAGCUGUUCUGCACACACACACGCACACGCACACGUCCCCACAAACUAUGCAUAUUGCUAUCAUGCAUACACACAAGCUCUGCAGCCCGUUUCAAUGUUCAGUGCUGCCCAGUGUCCUGGGAGUCAUGUGACAGCGACUCAUCCGUGGCCGUCAGCAGACCACGUUUACGGGUGCAUGUCCCCCAGUAAUAUUUUUCUGUGCCCCAGUAAAAAUGAUCAUGAAAAAUAAUGUUUUUUUUGCAUUGUGUCUAAAUAAAAUCUCAACAGUAA